UGGAAUAUUUGGGCUUUAAGCAACCUUUGUUCCAAGUAAUUCUAAAACUCCCUCCACUUUCUCCAAAAUGCCCAAAAACAAAGAAAAAGGAUGAUCAUCAAAAUGUUCCUCAUCAACCCAUUCUAGCCAAUCUCCCUCAACCCAAAAAUGGCGGUGACGCACGCGGAUCUCUCUCCCACGCCCAAAACCAGCAAUCUCGGCAGCAAAACCGGCGCAUUUCUCAUGGUGCUGUCCAUAUUACUCGGCCUCUUCUGCUUCAUCCUCUGCCUCAUAGCCGAGGCCGCCCGUUCCGAGGUGAAAUGGAGAGAUUCGCAAUGCACUUACACGGGCAGCGGGAGGCUGCCCCUCCUAUCCGCCACCGCGGCUUUCGCGGCGCUGGCGGCGGCGAUGGUGGUGCAGCAUGUCUUCCUAUUGGUUGCGGUCAGCAGAUCAAACUCCCUAGUUGAGAUCACUUGGGACCCUGACUCCGAAUUCGCCAAGACGCUGACGUGGCAAGCCGGGUUUUUCUUCAUCGCCACGUGGACAACGUUUGCUGUUGGUGAGAUUCAACUAUUGAUCGGGUUGAGCGUGGAGUCGGGCCACCUCAAGAACUGGGAGGCGCCGCGGGCGAGCUGCCUGGCCAUCCGGCAAGGGCUUUUCACGGCGGCCGGAGUUCUAGGUCUUGCGGCGGUUUUCUUUGCCUCCGGCUUAUACAUCACGGCUCUAAGAGCGGAGCGAUACAUUCAAAUACAAGAGAAUAUGCGACGAGACAUAUUAGAAGUGUCGGUAAUGUAUGCUUCCCCGCCAAGAUCUCCCAACGCCAUCCAGGCAGAUCGCGGCGAGGGACCCACUUUGCCGAGGCAAGAUGAACAUAAUGUUCAUACAUUGGAUUACUAUUUACGAACGUUUGACAAGCAAUCAAGAUUUGUUUGAUAGGAAAUGAUAUGAAGGGAUUGAUUUGUAUAAGACUAUGCAAAAUUGUGAAUGAGAAAAUGAGCAUAAUCUAUAGAAUUUUAGUGUUGUAACAAAUAAUGUAUAUAUUUCCACCAUAAAAUAGAAUAAUUUUUGGAGCAAAUAAA